GCGGUUGGGCGGCAAGUUGGGCGUUAAUUAUUGAUUAGUUUAAAGCCCGAUUAACAAACCGGCAGCGGGCUUAGAACGAAACGGAACGUCCGAGGCCCAACAACAUACAACGCGCUCUCCGAAAACGCGUUAAAAACAAGAAAAAUCAAGGCAGUGUGCUCGGAGAGGAAGAGUUGCGGAGAAGAACCGGCGGAACAACAAACUGAACAGCGACACCGCAAAAAAAACACGGCGGAGAAACAAUAAAAGUCGGCCAGCGGCCAAAAACGCGCUCAUUGCGUGCGCUGUUUUCGCAACGGCAACGGAAAAUUAGCCACCCGGUUGAGGUGCAAGCGAGACGGCGAGUGUACGGCAGUGGAAUACGGAUUGCCAGAGUAACGGGAAAAGUACGGAGAGUGCGGAAAAAGCGGAGCACAGGCGCACGGCCACGAAGUACGGAUACGGAGCCAGGAUGCGACACGCAUUUGUUGGAUUAAUUGUGUGCUGGCUGGCAGUUUGUCAACCGCAAGCUGAGGCGCAGUUCGGGGGCUUUGGACUACAGCCGCAGUUCCAGCCGCAGUUCCAACAGGUAUACCGCCAACCGCAGUUCCAACAGGCGUACCGCCAGCCACAGGCUUACCAACCACAACCUCUGGUCUAUUACCAACAGCCCCAGCAGUACCAGCAGUACCAGCAGCCCCGCCAGGGGCAGGGAUCCGUCUCCAAGGCGAACACCAAUGCCUACGAGCGGCAGGUGGACUUCGGGAACAAUCUGGAGUACACCCAGGGCCUGUCCAACUCGCGGGCGGUGACCAAGCAGAAUGGCCAGCGGGUGGUGACCAACAGCCAGGCCCAGACCAGGGACGUGGACCUGGGUGGCCUGCAGCUGGGCAACACCCUGACCCGGACCAGGACCAAUGCCAAUGGCCAGGUGUCGCAGGGCAUUGCCGAUCAGUUCAGGAUCGGAAACGUGGGCCUGGGCGCCUCCCUCUCGCCGCAGAAUCUCCAGAAUGGCUUUGGCCUGCAUCGCGGUGCCGACGGUGAUCUCCGCCUGGGUCUGGGUCUGCUCAAUCUCGACCUGGACCGCAAUGUGGCCAACUCGAACACCCUGUCGCAGGCGCAGGUAAAUGCCCAGGGCAAGGGCGCCAAGGCGGGAUCGAGCAGCAAUUCGCAGUCGAACACCCAGAAAUACGGUGGAGUCACCGUCACCGACACGCGCUCCAACUCGAAUGCCUUCGGCAAGGCCCGACGUGGUCAGACCUCCGCCUCCACCAGCGGAUUCGGAGGCAGUGCGGCCACCAAUGGCCAGCUCUUCGGCGGUCCCUUCCAGCGCGUGGUGCGCCAGAGCAGGCCCAGGACCAAGCGGAGGGCCCAGUUUGUGCCCUUCGGCUAUCCCGGCGCCGGCUUCGGCCCGCGACCAGGACCCUUCGGCCUGGGGCUGCUGGACAGGCCCAGGAGGCAGUUCGGCGGCGGAUUCGGCGGCUUCGGAGGUGGUCCCGGCUUCGGAGGAGGUCCUGAGUUCGGCGGCGAAGGCGGUUUCGGCGGCGAAGGCGGUUUCGGCGGCGGACCUGGCUUUGGCCAGGGCCCCGAGUUCGGCAACUUCUUCCAGCGGCCGGAGCAGCAGCAGCACCACAAGAAGAAGGGCAACAAGAACCAGGCGCACGGCAACGCGAACGCCCAUGGCGGGCCCGGGUUCAACCAGCAGGCCUCCACGCAGAACCAUGCCAGCAACGGCAACACGGGCAGCAGCUCCAUCAGCUCCAACCUGGCCCAGGACGGCAGCAGCGGCCAGGUGAGCUCGGCGAACACCAACACGCACCAGGGCCAGACGGCCAACGGGGGCUACGAGAGCGACCAGAGCUCGCAGAGCCAGGCGCUGAACUUCAAGCCGGGCGAGCAGCAGGCCUCCAGUGCCAAUGCCAACACCCAGCACACCCAGCAGGGCGACCGUGACUCCUACACCGCCAACAGUGGCUCCACCUCGACGAACAACAACAAGUUCGGCUCCUCCACCAACACGGCCAACACGAACUCGCAGUUCACCAAGGACGGCAACAGCCAGGACGCGAGCAGCGAUGCCAACAGCCAGAGCAUCUUCCAGGGCAACAAUGGCCAGGGAGACGCCACCGCCCAGACGAACGCCCAGACGAGCAGCCAGCAGGGACCCGGUGGCUUCGUGUCCAACUCGGCCUCCAGCAGCGCCACGGCCACCGCCCAGAACGGCCAGUCGGCCAAUGCGAAUGCCAAUGCGAACGCCGGUGGUGCCGGCUUUGGUCCCGGCGGUGCCGGAGCGGGAGCCAAUGCCGGCGGCUUUGGCGGCGGUGGUGGUGCCAACUCCGGCGCCAAUGCCGGCGGAUUCGGCGGCGGAGCGAAUGCCGGCGCCAAUGGCGGUGGCUUCGGAGGCGGCGGUGGCGCCAAUUCGGGUGCCAAUGCCGGUGGAUUUGGUGGCUUCGGCGGUGGGGCAGGUGCCAAUGCCGGCGCCAAUGGCGGUGGCUUCGGCGGCGGUGGUGCCGACAGCAACGCCUUCGGUGGCUUCGACGGCUUCGGAUUCUACGGACUGCGCCAACGAGCCCAGCAGCAGGUUCGCUUGCAGCGCUGGCAGCCCCGCCUCCAAAAUGGUACUUCCUCCAGGAGCUCCUCCUCCUCGACCUCCUCGACCUCCUCCUCCUCGAUAAACGACAACUUUGAGUACGUGUACUUUAACCACUCGUCGUCCCGCCUCGAAGAUCUGCGGCCUGGGGCUUCCGAGAUGGAGAGCUCUGGCCAGGAUUCGGAUGGCGCACGGCUACCGCUGAACACCUCGGUGGACGCCUUUGGGCCCUACGACAGUACCCAGCGGCAGGGGCGGACCUUCAGCUUGAUCUACGACUGGAUCAGCGGACUCUUCAACUCGUGCGUCUCGCCCUGCACCUUGGAGGCCUACCAGAAGCAGACCUGCUGCGACACCUACGUGGUGGAUCCCGCGUAUCCACCGCCACCGCCUCCUCCUCCACCACCACCACCUCCUCCACAGAGUUGCUGUGCCCCUGUGAGACCCAGCUACCCGCCGCCACCCAGGCCACUGCCCCCGCCACCACCGCCACCCGUGCCCUACCCCUACCCACCCGUUUAUCCCAACAAGAAGACGCCCGUGGUGGUGGUGGCCACGCCCAUCAACUGCUGCACCGUGUGCACCUUCACCUACUACGGACCUCCGCCCUGUGGGCGGCUCUACAACAACAGCAGCAGCGAUGGGAAGAGGGUCAUCUACGUGCCGCCUCCCUACUACGGUCGCUAGAUCGCAAAGCAAACC